CCUUCUCCCUCUGCUCUGCCCCCAGGAAUGAGACCGUGCUGCACCAGUUCUGCUGCCCAGCCGCCGACGCCGAGCAGAAGCCCGCCUGCUCCGACCUGGCCUCCCAAAGAUUGAAAUGCUAGAACACAAGUACGGGGGCCACCUGGUGUCCCGGCGCGCCGCUUGCACCAUCCAAACCGCCUUCCGCCAGUACCAGCUCAGCAAGAACUUCGAGAAGAUCCGCAACUCGCUCCUGGAGAGCCGCCUGCCACGGCGCAUCUCCCUGCGCAAGGUGCGCGCGCCCACCGCCGAGAGCCUGGCGGCCGAGCGGGCGCUCCUGGAGGGCUGCGCGAGCGCAGAAGCCGGAGUUGGGGGAGCCCAGCGCGCCAGCCCGCCCGGGGCUGCGGGGCCAGCGGCGGAGGAGGACGAGGAGGCGGCCGAGGAGGUGGGGAAAGGGGCCGAGGCCGAGGCCGCCGACAACUCGGAGCAGCUGAGCAGCAGCAGCACGUCCACCAGAUCCGCCAAGUCGGGCUCAGAAGCGUCGGCUUCGGCCUCCAAGGAGGCCCUGCAGGCCAUGGUCCUGAGCCUGCCCCGCUACCACUGCGAGAACCCGGCCAGCUGCAGGUCCCCCACGCUCUCAACCGACACCCUGCGCAAGCGUCUGUACCGCAUCGGCCUCAACCUCUUCAACAUAAACCCGGACAAGGGCAUCCAGUUCCUGAUCUCGCGAGGCUUCAUCCCCGACACCCCCAUUGGAGUGGCCCACUUCCUGCUCCAGCGCAAGGGCCUCAGCCGCCAGAUGAUCGGAGAGUUCCUGGGCAACAGCAAGAAGCAGUUCAACCGCGACGUGCUGGACUGCGUGGUGGAUGAGAUGGACUUCUCUGCCAUGGAGCUGGACGAAGCUCUGCGGAAGUUCCAGGCGCACAUCCGCGUGCAGGGCGAGGCCCAGAAGGUGGAGCGGCUCAUAGAGGCCUUCAGCCAGCGCUACUGCAUGUGCAACCCCGAGGAGGUGCAGCAGUUCCACAACCCCGACACCAUCUUCAUCCUGGCCUUCGCCGUCAUCCUGCUCAACACCGACAUGUACAGCCCCAACAUCAAGCCCGACCGGAAGAUGCUGCUGGAGGACUUCAUCCGCAACCUGCGGGGUGUGGACGAUGGCGCCGACAUCCCCAGGGAGCUGGUGGUCGGCAUCUACGAGAGGAUUCAGCAGAAGGAGCUCAGGUCCAACGAGGACCACGUCACGUACGUCACCAAGGUGGAGAAGUCCAUUGUGGGCAUGAAGACAGUGCUGUCGGUGCCCCACCGCCGCCUGGUCUGCUGCAGCCGGCUCUUCGAGGUGACGGACGUGAACAAGCUGCAGAAGCAGGCCGCGCAUCAGAGAGAGGUGUUCCUCUUCAACGACCUGCUGGUGAUUCUCAAACUUUGCCCCAAGAAGAAGAGCUCUGCCACGUACACCUUCUGCAAGUCCGUGGGCCUGCUGGGCAUGCAGUUCCACCUCUUCGAGAACGAGUAUUACUCUCAUGGCAUCACGCUGGUGACCCCGCUCUCGGGCUCCGAGAAGAAGCAGGUGCUGCAUUUCUGCGCCCUGGGCUUGGACGAGAUGCAGAAGUUUGUGGAGGACCUGAAGGAGUCCAUCGCGGAGGUGACGGAGCUGGAGCAGAUCCGGAUAGAGUGGGAGCUGGAGAAGCAGCAGGGGGCGAAGACGCUCUCCUUCAAGGCAGGUGGAGCCCAGGUGGACCCACCGUCGAAACAGGGAUCGCCCACGGCCAAAAGGGAAGCGGCCCCCCCGGGGGAGAAGGCAGCGGAGAGCACGGUGGAGGUGUCAAUUCACAACAGGCUUCAAACGUCCCAGCACAACCCCGGGCUGGGGGCCGAGAGGGGAGCGCCGGCACCAGACCUGCAGCCUAGCCCCUUGAGGGAGCAGCCCCUGCCGCUGCCUCUGCCGCCACCCACACCCCCUGGGACCCUGGUGCAGUGCCAGCAGAUUGUCAAGGUCAUCGUCCUGGACAAGCCCUGCUUGGCCCGCAUGGAGCCCCUGCUGAGCCAGGCUCUCUCCUGCUACGCAGCGUCCUCCUCUGACUCCUGUGGCUCCACGCCCCUGGGUGGCCCAGGCUCCCCGGUCAAGGUCAUCCAUCAGCCCCCACUGCCCCCGCCUCCGCCCCCCUACAACCACCCUCACCAGUUCUGCCCACCCGGCUCCCUGCUGCACCGGCGCCGCUGCUCCAGUGGCUCCAGGAGCCUGGUGUAGCCUCUGUCCCCGACCGCUCUCCGCCACGCUGCUGCCCCAGGACCUGGGAUGCAGCCAGCAGCCCCCACUGCCCCAUCACCUGCUGCUCCCCACGCCCGGCACACUGUGUUCCUGGUCACCCAUCACUGUCGUUCUGGAAAGAGAAUCCCGCCCCCUGGCACCUGGUUGCCUGGCCCCGGCUUCCCUCACUCAGCUGAGCAGGCCUCCCCCUGAAUCUGCAGGCACCCCUCACUCCCUGGGGCCCUACACAGCCAGGCACGCCGGGCCUCCUCUUCCCCCACCACCAUUCUGGCCACUUGGACCAUGGACAGGGGAAACAGGAGCCAAGGGCCUAGCCAGCUUCCAGGCCAAGUCUGUUGGGCCCCAGGCCUCAGGCCAGGCAGGCAGGCACUGGGGGCUGGGUGACCAGCACCCGAGACUUGGACAGAGGUGGUCUGGUUCGCUGCCCCGGCACUAGGUGCCACACUGGGUGGGCAACAGUCGGCCCUGGGUCCCUGGACGGCCAGGUCGGGUGGGAGUGUGCGGAGGGGCUUUGCUGCCCCUGCCCCCCGGGCCCAGCAGUCUGAGGGGCAGUAUCCCCAGGGACGUUGGCCGUCCUGACCACAGCCUCCCCCUGCUCACGGCCUUCUCCUGCAUUCUCAGAGCUGGGGCCCGGCCUGCCCAGGGCGCGAAACUUCAGGAGAGCUUCGAGAAAGGCGGGGGGAAGGGGGUGCCCCUCGGCUCUCUCAGCCAGCCCAGCAGAGCCCUGGAGGCAUGAGGUCCUGUAUCUACAAAACGCAAGUGUUAAGGGUUUCUUGCUCUCUAGCUCCAAAUAAUGCCAGCCAGAGCAAAGUGCACCCAGGGCAGAAAUACACACCCACAUGGGAGAACCAGGUCCAACCACGUGCAGAGGUAGAAGCAGGUGAGGUGGGGGAUCUGCCCAGGCACACGCAGCCAGCAGACACAGGAUUCCCACAGGUCAGGGCACCCUCCUUAGUGACUUCCGCGGUCCCCAGGAGGGACUUGAUGCAGAAGGGGCAGGAGAAGCAGGUGCUCCAGAGGCCUUUGCCUGCCCCCUGCCGCCAUCCCAAACCAGCCCUGAGGCCUUUAAGUCCUCCCCCUCCCAUCUCCCCCGCAAGGCCCCAGGCUUGCCUCCAGUCAGGGUGGCUGAAACCCUCAAAACUGCAAAGGAGAGCCAAGCAGGGCUCGCUGUCCUCCCUGGGGCCCAGCAGAAUCAGAGCCAACCUCUGUGCAGCCCCCUCCCGCCACAGAGCCUAGGCAGCCCAUCCUCAAAGACCCCAGGGUGGGUGCCCUGGCUGGCCCCAAGCACGGCCCUUUCAGGGACUGUCUCUUACAAGCCAGGCUGGACCCUUCUCUGGUCCUGAGCCAACAGUUCGCUGCUGUCCUUUGUUGAGAUCCCCUCCCACUAGGAGCCCAGGCCCAAGAUGUCCCAAGAGACGGAAGCGAACAUCGGUCCAGAGUGAAUCUGCUCUCUGCACCCCACCCCCACCCCCGCCACAGCCCCUGGGGCCGUCAGGAGGCUUGGAUGCCUCCUCCUCCCAGAGGUCCCAGGUGACCUAGUUUCGUGUGUAUGUGAGUGAUCGCCAGACGUCAUUAUGAUGUCACCCAGCGAGUUUAUUUCUGGCCCUGUCUGUGUCAGCCGGGUGUCCAUAACGUGUGACCAGUUUGCCACCACCUCCCGCGGUGGCUCCCAGCCCAUCUCCCCGCACCCCCCCCCGGUCCUUGUUGCUCUGGCCCCUCUCCCAUGUCUUUUCUGUAACAGGGUCACUCCAAUCAGGGCCUUUCGGAAAGGAGCGGCUGACCCGUGGGUUCACACACGCAGUGCCCUCGGCCUGGGCAGCAGGGUGGGGGUGCAGGAGGAAGUGGAGUUGUGGGGUGGGGGGGUGAGUCUCAGAUGCAGGGCUGGGAGCAGAGUGGAGCUACGGGCCGGCAGCAGGGCUGUGAGCUAUGCAGAAAGAGGGGCUACGCGUGGCUAGGUGUCUAUGGCAGGGACCGUGGGUGCCAGGCUGCUGAGCAAGCACACAGUCCCGGCCGCCAGGAGUCCCCCCGUCCCCCGUUCACACGCUGUGGCCAGCUGACAAGUGCCCUCUUCCCACUCUGCCAAAGCCCAGACUUUCCAGACUGGGGCCAUCAGGGUCCCCGGGCUGGUGCGUGCACAGAACCUCUCUCUGAGGGCCCGGACGCUGGGGCAUCUCAGCGCCCUUCUCCAGGUGGGGGCUUUCCCUCCCAACCCCAUCACUGCAGCGGCUGCCCCGGAUACCCCAACAGCACCGGGAGUCCUGGCCUAGGCAGCAGACCAGCCUGUACUCAGCAGCACAUGGAGCCAAUCCUGAGCUGCAAGGGGCUUUUAAUCCCCGAAGGCCUGGGACAGGGUGCCCCUGGCAAUCCCCACAGUAGGGGAAGCGAGGUCCCAGCACCUGUAACCUCCCUCCCCUGAUCAGCCAACAGGCUAAGGUUGGGACCCUCCUCUGUCCCCGUCCCCAGAGCCUCACCCUUAGACAGCUGGGACGAGCCUCCUGCCCUCCCCGUGGCAGGGGCCACAUCAGGGCCUCCAUCCUCCCCGAGGGCCCAGCUGGAGAUGCUCCCGGGCCCUCCUGCCCUCCUCAGGCCGAGGGGGCAGUGGAGCGCUGACUGAGCCCCAGACACAGCCUCCUGGUACCUGCCUGGGCACCCCGAGAUGGCCCCAAUUUGUCAGCCCUCCAGGCCUUACUUCAGGGACGGAGCCACCUCCCAGUUUUAUCCAUCUGGCCCCAACUCCAGAAUCAGGAGUGGGAGAUGGAACUAGCUUUCCACCCACUUUGGGGCCAGCCCACCUCCAGAGCUGGAGCAAGACCCUGCGGGGCAGCUGGUCCUGGGAACCCAGCUGCCUAUGUGCAAAGGCACCACGUGCUCGGCCCUGGGCCCCUGACCCCCCAGCAACCCCCACGGCCUGCCAGAUGUCUCUUUGUGCCAAUAGGCUUCCCUGAUAACCAUCGGUCCGUCUGUCCCUGUGUCCUGCUGUACAUACAUCCUUGCGGCACCCCUCCACCCGCACACGCCCCGUCACCUGUGGGAGAGAAACCGCGCUAGGGAAAGGCAGGGCGGCUGCACCCAGCGACUGAUCCAAAUGGCAAAUAUUUUGUAACAAAAUAGCCCAGAGGUAUUUUAUCUGUUCAAUUCAUAGAGUUUAGAGAUUAUAUUGAAAUAUGUCACUUGA